GUUGAGUGGAGGCCGGAGAGUGAUUAAGUGACGGUGGAGGUUGUUGAAACAAAGUAACCUCAAAUGGCCUAGCAUAUUAUUCGUGGCGAGGUCAAUCACUCUUGAACCAAGUUGAUUCUGUUGUGCCAUUACUCCCGACUUACUUAAGUGACCAGCCUCAAAUACUAUGCUCAGAUACACGGUGUUGUGUUAGAAGAAAAUGGUAGUGCUGUUGCUGUAAUGAGCCUUAGCUAGACCUCGACCCAAAAUGUCGAGAGGCCAAUUCCCAGGGCUAUUUGGCUUGGGACCAUCCGUGAUCUCAUUCAUACUGUUAAUUUUGUGCGCUUUAACCUCGAGCGUCGAAGGUUUUGUUUCAUGCUCACCCAAUCCAUGUGAGAAUGGAGCUCUAUGUAUUAGGAGCUCUCUUGGAAAUUCAUACUGCGAUUGCCCUUCGGACUACGUGGGCGAAUAUUGUCAAUACAAGAACCCGUGUACAUCGGGCGGACAAAAGUGCCAGAAUGGAGGCACUUGCAACGUCCUAAUGUCCACGACCCGAGGACCCACCUUCCAGUGUUCGUGUCCUAUUGGAUACUCGGCCAGCUUUUGCGAGAUUGCUGUCCCGAGUAAUGCCUGCAACAAUAAUCCCUGUCGUAAUGGUGGGACUUGCUCGUUACUCUCCUUGACCAAAUUCAAAUGUACUUGUCCUUUGGGAUGGAAAGGAGUUCAUUGCACGGAGAAAGAUCAUUGUGCGGGUAACCCCUGCCAUAACGGAGAUUGUAUUUCGUUGUCGAACUCCUAUCGCUGCAAUUGCCAUGACGGAUUCAACGGACCCGAUUGCAAAAUCGACGUGAACGAAUGUCGGCGAAACCCGUGCUACAAUGGGCGGUGCAUCAACACCCAUGGCUCUUACAGGUGCCGUUGUGACGAAGGCUUUGCUGGUCAGAAUUGUGAGAACGUGUUCUACCCUUGCAAUCCCAGUCCCUGCGAAAAUGGCGGACGCUGCAUUGACAUGGACAACUUCCAAUACCAAUGUUCCUGUCCGAUUGGCUUUGGCGGAGAGCGGUGUGAGGUCAAUAUUGAUGAUUGCGCUGGAAACCUUUGCCAAAACGGUGGAAGGUGCAUUGACGGGAUUGGAACUUACACGUGUGAAUGCUCAUCAGAAUACACAGGGGAAUAUUGCUCGGAAGACGUAGACGAAUGUGCUCUCCAUCCGGAUAUCUGCCAAAAUGGGGCCACUUGUGCCAACACAAAUCAUGGCUACUCCUGUAUUUGCGUCAAUGGCUACAAUGGGACAAAUUGCGAAAACAACGUGAACGAUUGCUCUCAGAUGCCUUGCUUGGGUGGCGGAACAUGUCAUGAUCGGGUGGCCAAUUACUAUUGUGAAUGUCCACCAGGUAAAACCGGUCUAUUGUGCCAUCUGAAUGAUGCCUGUGCUUCAAACCCGUGCAAUGCGGGAGCCAUUUGCGAGACGGAUAUUGUCACGGGAGGCUACAAGUGCUCCUGUCUCAAGGGUUUCGUCGGCGACGAGUGCAAUCAAGACAUCAACGAAUGUAACGAAGGAUCGCCUUGCGAGCAUGAUGGCAAGUGUGUUAAUACCCCCGGUUCUUAUCGGUGCGAUUGCGCCCCUGGCUUCACUGGUCCCCGUUGUGAGGUGAACAUCAAUGAGUGCGACUCGAACCCUUGUCAAAAUGAAGGCACUUGUAUCGAUGAGAGAGGCGGAUUCCGAUGCAUUUGCAUGCCAGGUUACGCUGGACCUCAUUGCGAGACCGACGAAGAUGAAUGCGCUUCCCAUCCUUGUCGAAAUGGCGGCAUUUGCACGGAUUUGAUCAACAGCUAUCGAUGCACUUGUCCCAACGGAUUUAAAGGACAGAACUGUGAGACCAAUGUGGACGAAUGCGAAAACAGUCCCUGUCGAAAUGGGGGAACCUGCCGCGACUCGUUUGCCUCCUUCUCUUGUGAUUGCCCGGUGGGCUUCUCUGGGAAGUUCUGCGAGGUCAAUCGCAAUGAUUGUGCCAGUAACCCGUGUCGGAACGGCCGGUGCAUUGACGGGGAUAACUCAUUCUUGUGCGAAUGCAACCCGGGUUACACUGGAUACCUCUGCGAAAAGCAAGUCAACGAAUGUGACAGCAAUCCAUGUCAGCACGGCGCCAAGUGCGAGGAUCUCAACAACGGGUAUCAAUGUCGGUGUCUCAAGGGAACUUGGGGCCAGAACUGCGAAAACAACAUCAACGAAUGCUACUCCAAUCCGUGUCUGAAUGGGGAGUGCAUUGACGGAAUCAAUAGUUACGAAUGCCAUUGUCGACCUGGUUACAUGGGUGUCAAUUGUGAGUCUGAAAUCGACGAGUGUCUCAGCCAGCCUUGUUUGAACCAGGGUGAAUGCAUUGAUAUGGUCGGAAGUUUCAAGUGCAAUUGUCCCAGAGGCUAUUACGGUCCUCGAUGCCAAUCCGAUGUCAAUGAAUGUGCCAAUAACCCUUGCCGGAAUAGUGGAACGUGUGAGAACGGCUUCAACGAGUUCAUUUGUCAGUGCAAACCGGGCUAUGAAGGCAAACGUUGUGAGCACGAAGUCGAUUAUUGUAAGUCCAAUCCUUGCCAACAUGGUGGGAUCUGUCGGUCCCAUUUCAACGCUUACUCAUGUCAGUGCCCAGAGGGUUACACCGGCAAGAAUUGUGAAACUAACAUCGACGACUGCCAACUCCAACCUUGUCGUAAUGGCGGCACCUGUAUCGAUCACAUCAAUGACUUCAAGUGUGUUUGUGAGCCACCAUUUACCGGCAAAACUUGUGAGGUUGAGAUGGACCCAUGUUCCCCCAGUAAGUGUGCGAAUGGAGCUACCUGUUCACCGUCGUCCAACUAUCGAGAUUAUUUCUGCUCCUGUCCUUUGGGGUUCACCGGACGUCAUUGCGACAUUGAUAUUGACGAAUGUCUGAAUAGGCCCUGCCGCAACGGAGCGACUUGCAUCAAUACAGAUGGCAGCUAUAAAUGUGAAUGCCAGCCGGGAUUUGAAGGUCGGGAUUGUUUAUUGAAUUCUGAUGAUUGCGCCAACUCUCCUUGCAAGAAUGGAGGGACCUGCAUCGAUGGCAUCGACAGCUUUAAAUGUGUUUGUGUCGACGGAUUCGGAGGGGAUCUCUGCCAGAAAGACAUUGACGAGUGUGCCGCAAAUCCGUGCCUCAAUGGAGCCACUUGCCACGACUACGUUAACUCGUUCACUUGUGAAUGCCGAAGUGGGUUUUCCGGGACUCAUUGCGAAAUUAACGAUGAGGACUGCACCCAAAGCUCCUGCAUGAAUGGCGGUACUUGCAUCGACGGAAUUAACUCUUUCAAUUGUGUUUGCCCUCAAGACUACACUGGAGCCUACUGUCAAUCAUCGAUCAACCAAUGUGACAAGAACCCCUGCCAUCAUGGCGGGACGUGUGUUGACCACGAUGGCUUUUACAAAUGUCAUUGUCCAAGUGGAAGAACUGGAAGUAAUUGUGAAGAACUUGUGAACUGGUGUAAUGAGAAGCCUUGUGAGAAUGGAGCUCGUUGUUCCCAAGUUGGCACUUCUUACCAAUGCGAUUGUUUGGAUGGUUGGACUGGCAAGGUGUGUGAUGUCCGACAAGUGUCUUGUUCCGUUGCCGCUAGGUUGCGAAAAGUAUCCCAGGAAAAUUUGUGCCAGAAUGGAGGCCACUGCCGCGAGAUUGGAAAUAGCCACGAGUGCCUCUGUUCGGAAGGAUACUAUGGAUCCUACUGCCAGAACGAGGUCAAUGAAUGUCUCUCUCAGCCUUGUCAGAACGGAGCCACUUGCAAAGACCUCAUUGGAACACACCAAUGCGCUUGUCCACCCGGGUUCCAAGGCAAGAAUUGUGAAUUUAACAUCGAUGAUUGUGACCCGAACCCGUGCCAGAACAACGGCUUAUGUCAUGACUUGGUCAACGAUUUUAGAUGCUCAUGCCCUCAUGGAACCGAGGGAAUCCUCUGUGAAAUCAAUAAGGACGAAUGCUUUGAAGGAGCCUGCCAUCAUGGGGGAACUUGCUUGGACAAAAUCGGUGCCUAUGAAUGUCGUUGCCGUCCAGGAUUCGUCGGCCCGAGAUGUGAGGGUGAUGUAAAUGAAUGCCUGUCUAGCCCUUGCUCACCUUUAGGAACCAAGGAAUGCAUUCAAUUGGUUAACAACUAUCAGUGUAACUGCAAACCUGGAUGGCAAGGUCGCCAUUGUGAGACCAAACGCAAUUUUUGCCAGCACAGUCCCUGUCAAAAUGGGGGUGCUUGCUCUAAUACUGGAUCAGGACACCACUGCAUCUGUCCCCGGGGAUUUUAUGGGGCCAAUUGUGAAUUCUCAGGCAAGAGUUGUGAUAGCUCUCCCUGUCAUAACGGUGGAACCUGCGUGGACGGAAAUUCGGGAUACACCUGCAUAUGUUCUCACGGAACCAGUGGAAAGCAAUGCGAAAAAGACAACUUGAAUGAGUGCCAGUAUAGUCCUUGUCUAAAAGGGACCUGCAUCGAUAAAUUGGGUGACUUUGAUUGCAACUGUUAUCAGGGAUGGCGAGGCAAGAAUUGCGAAAUCAAUGAUCCAACCUCUAAAGGGGGCGUCGACAUGGUCAAUCCCAACAUCAUCUGGGACGUGGGUGCCGAGAAGCUCAAAUGUGAGCAAAAUAAAUGCUCCCUGAAGAAAGGUGACAAUAUUUGCAAUGAGGAAUGCAAUAACCAAUUCUGCGACUAUGAUGGCGGGGAUUGCCGAAUCGGAUUGAACCCAUGGAAGAAUUGCAAUGCUACAAGCCGUGGCAAGAAGUGUUGGGAAGUUUUCCAAGACGGAUUUUGUGACGAGAGUUGCAACAGUAAGGAUUGUCUUUUUGAUGGACGGGAUUGCGAUUCCUCCGUUAUGGAAUGUAAUCCGACCUACGACGUGUUUUGUACUGAGCACUUCGGCAACAAUCAUUGCGAUCAACGAUGUAACAACGCCGCAUGCGGCUGGGAUGGUCUGGAUUGUGAAGCCCCCACCGAACGUAGCCAAAUUAUUCCUGGCAGUUUCUACGUGGUUUUAGCAAUGAAUAUGGAUUCCUUCAAUGAAGAGAUGCAAAAGAGAUUCGAACGCUACCUCUCGUUGGUAAUGAGAACGAACUUCAAAAUCAAACGGGACGAGAACGGAAAAUCCAUGGUUCAACCAUUUGACCCUGCGGCUUUGGAAUCCGUCAACUAUGCUUAUAACAUUGGAUCCCAACCCAACAUGAUUGCCGGUUAUUUCGGGAUCAUUGUGUAUUUGGAGAUUGACAACGUCAAAUGCCAAGAAGAGACGGGAGAGCACUGCUUUGAUACCGCCGAGGGUUACGCAAACUUGAUUUCCGCCAUGAUUGGUGCCGAAAAGCUCUCCGAUGAUUGGGGUAUCGUAGAAAUUGGAGCUGGGGAUGAAGGUCGAGGAGGGAAUCAAGGAAACUCCGAGGUGACUGGAGUAGUCAUUGGCGUGACUAUCCUGGCCUUGAUAGUGGUUGUACUUGGUGUGAUCACUCAAACCAACAAGAGAAAAGCCAAGGGCAUCACGUGGUUCCCUGAAGGAUUCAUGAACGCCGCGGGAGCCACAGCUCUUCGACCUGGCAAACGCGGAGCUGAUGGCCAAGAAAUGUUCGGUGUUGGAAGCAAGUAUCCUUCCACAAUGAACAUGGACUAUCCCAAUGAUGGCUGGUCAGACGAUGACCCCAGCGAACAACACCCUGUUGCCAAGAAGCAACGCCGUGGGGAAUUUUCCUCCGGGCAGACCAUCAUGACUGAAUAUGACGACAAUGAUUCUCGACAAUGGACACAACAGCAUCUCAAUGCGGCUGACAUUCGCAAUCCGGACAUCUUAGGCGCACUUACGCCCCCACAAGCUGAAAUCAAACCUGAACUUCCCAACGAUGUUGACGUCAAGGGUCCCAUGGGCAUGACUCCACUUAUGAUUGCCUCUUUCCGUGGAGGUGGAUUAGACACGGGUGACAUUGAGAACCUCGAAGAUGAUGACUCCUCGCCUGCAGUAAUCCAAGACUUGAUUAAUCAAGGUGCAGAUAUCAACACUCAUAUGGACAAGACUGGAGAGACUCCAUUGCAUUUAGCCGCUAGAUACGCUAGAGCCGAUGCUGCCAAGAAACUUUUGGACCACGGUGCGGAUGCCAAUGCUCAAGAUAAUACUGGACGCUCUCCAUUGCAUUCAUGCGUCGCUGCCGAUGCCCAAGGAGUUUUCCAUAUCCUCCUGAAGAACCGAGCCACAAAUCUUAACGCAAAGACUUUUGACGGUACGACCCCUUUGAUCUUGGCUGCUCGCUUGGCCAUUGAAGGCAUGGUCGAGCAACUGAUCGAGGCCGAUGCGGAUAUCAACUUGGCCGACGACAACGGAAAAACUGCCCUUCAUUGGGCCGCUUCCGUGAACAAUGUGGAAGCAGUAAAUGUUCUUUUAGCCAAUGGAGCAAAUCGAGACGCCCAAGAUACGAAGGACGAGACGCCUACUUUCUUGGCGGCCAAGGAAGGAAGCUAUCAAGCCGUUCGCGCUCUUUUAGACCAUUGUGCCAAUCGUGACAUUCAAGAUCAUAUGGACCGUCUGCCUGUGCAUAUUGCCCAAGAAAAGAUGCAUCAUGACAUUGUGAACUUACUUGAAGACCAUAUUCCUCCAGCUCCUCAGAUGACCUCGUCGUUACAUCAAUUUUCCAACCAACAUCAGCUGCUCAACUCACCUCCAAGUGGAAUGAUGGGAACUCAAAGCAUGAUGGGUGUGGCCAAAGCUCGAGGAAAGAAAAAGCCUGGUAUGAACGGCUCCAAAGGCUCUUUUAGCCCUGAAGACCUGAGCGGAAUGGGACUGAACGGUUCCACGUUGCCCAAGCAGAGGAAACCCAGUCUAAAACAGAAGAAAAAUGAAGGCAUGGGAGGUAUGUUGUCUCCGGAUAACUCCUCUUUCGAUGCUCCAGGAGGCUAUGGACAUCCAAUGGCACUCUCACAGCCUAACUUGGAAGAAAUGAUGGCUUCUCAAAACGGAACAGGGGUCAAACCUCCGAGUUACGAGGCGGCGGUGACAGCGCGAUCCAUGCACACCCUCCAAGGUGGAAUGCCUGGCCAAUCUAGUCUGGAAUCUCAAUAUUCCAGAUUCAACGGUAACGCCAGCUUGAUGGGCGCUCAGCAGCAACAACAACAGCAGCAACAACAGCAACAGACUCAGCCUCAUUCCCGUCAGCAGUCCAUGCCCGCAGCCAUGGCCAACUAUAGCAACAAUCCCAAUUUGUCCCCACCUCAUUCCAACUUGUCUGGAAUGCAAUCCCCUCUCUCGUCUCAGGCCAAUGCCAUGUCACCGCCUAACCAUGGGAUGAUCUCUCCACCAUCCUCCAUCCAGUCCAACCAUAACCUGUCUCCGCCUCAAUCAGCAUCCACACAGCAACAACAACAACAACAACAGCAUCAGCAAAAACAACAACAUCAACAACAACAAACAGUACAACAACAAGAUUGCCAAGGCUUGGUGGGAACAAAUACGUCUCCAGUCAAGUCCGCAAGGUCCAUUCAGUUGCCCACCUCGCCCACCCAUAUGGCUGCUAUGCGAGGUGCCACCCAUCAACGCCAUCAGGGCACGUUUGAUUUCUCCCAUGAUGCCGCUCAAAUGGCGGCACACUUUGUCAGUCCACAACAGCAGCCCCAACAACAGUUCAUGUAUCCUACUCCUCCCCACAAUAACGGUCCUCAUCUGGGGGAUGGAUCCUCGGGCAACAUUCUAACUCCAAGCCCAGACUCCCCUGGGCAAUGGAGCUCGGCCAGUCCACAAUCUCACUCGGAUUGGUCUGAGGGCGUACGAUCGCCUCCCAACAAUGCUCAUUUCAUGGGAAUCACCUCUCAGCAGCAGCAACAACAACAACAGCACCAUCAUCAUCAUCAGCAACAACACCAACAACAACAACAACAACAACAUCAACAACAACAAUUGUUGGAAUGUGUGUCUUCGAUCCUCCUCUAAUCUCAAGUUGCAUGAAUUAUUAUUUUUUGCUCCGUCCGUUCUCGCCUUUUGUGUAUAUACUACGUACGUGCUCACUUGGCCCUGAACGGCUACCGAAUUGAGAACUGGAGUGCAAAGUGACAUGAAAGACAGAUGGAGCGGCACAUUCGGCCUGCAAUAUUUUUAUACUCUUUCUUCGAUCUCAUUAAAACAGGUUUCAAGAACCUGAAUACGACUUUUAUGCUUGUUAGAGGGUUGAGUAAGACCAGGGACUCCGCUUUUCCUUACAACUGAAUUGGAAUCCACAGGAGCAACCAAUUCAAGAUCAACAUAUCAGGAAUGAAUGAACUGUGCUUAGUGGAAUAUCCGACUUGAAAUCUGGAAUAACCCGCUAAAUGGAUAGCGAUGACACAUGUGCGUGCAUACUUCAAAACUUGUACUUUCUGAUACAGGUAGACAAAAGGAUUCAAAUGUCUGCUUCUUCCAAUGUGUUUUUGCUCUUUUUCAAACAGAAAACAUGAUAUUCUUGACUCUCAUCCAUAUACGACAUAUAUUAUCCUCAUUAUCAAAUACCAUUGUGCUAUUGCUUGUCGAGCUAUUGCCUCUGUAGAAUAAAAUAAAUACACAGAGCUUGUGAGCGACAAAAAAA